AUGUAUACUAAAGACCGUGUGGAAUAUUCAGAAAAUGAUUCAACCAAGAGGGACAGACCAAUGAAAAAGAAAACAGAUAAGACUCAUGAAGCAGUUCAUGUUGGUAUAUUAGGGGAUACUUCUCCUUCUAUGAAGGAUGAUAGUUGCUGUCAAAUGUUUUCCACUACCAGAGGUGUUGUAAAACAAUUACAUGAACAAAACAAAGACAAUCAAUUCACCAUUAUUGAAUUCAGUUCCAAGUGUGCAGUUCAUGCAAGAGUUUGUUCUGACUUGGAUACAAUCCUUGAGAAAGUGCCAAAGGUUAGAACUGCUAAUCUUGGAGGAGGAACCAAUUUAGGUGGUGCCUUCAAUGAAGCUCUGAUCAUUAUCAAGAAUGAAAUGACAGAUAAGAGAAGAAAGUUCCUCUUCGUCUUUACUGACGGUUUUCCAGAUGACAAGAUUGAAGCUAUUAAUCGCGCCAAUGAUUUAAAGCUGGCCAACGUUGACAUUUGCUGUAUCGGUGUUGGCUCUGGUAUAGACAAAUCAUUUAUCCAAACCAUCUCACCACAAAAGGGUUACCACAUCCAAGAAUGGUCCAAAUUGAAUGAAACUUUAGCUGAAAUUGUUUCUAAAGAGUAUGAGGAUUUUGUUAGAAUCAAGUUUACACUCAAAAACAGACCCUAUCAUAUUGGUGAGAAUGUAAAAAUCAUGGUUACAAUCAUAAAUGAUUCAGAUAAGGAAAUCCCAGCAGGGACCGUAAUCAAAUUUAAUAGAAACUCGUAUUUCGAUAGUAAGACUUUCAAAACCAAGUCUGGUGUUGACCCUGAAUCGAGUGCAACUUUUGAAAUUGAGCUAUAUCCAAAAGAUGGUGCAACUGUUAGGGAUAUUUGCAAGGAAUUAGAAUAUUCCAUCACAACUCCCUCUUCUAGUAUUAUCGAAAAGGGUCAUGUUGAGUUUUGGGCAAGUGAUUUUGGCUAUAAAGUGCUAGAAUAUAGACCACCUAAAUCAAGUAAGGUUUCAAAAUUGUACAUCUUCUCAUUUGGUAUUAUUGGAUCUGGAAAAUCAUCCUUUUUCAACCGUAUUGUCACAUUAGUACAUGGAUUAACCUUUAUACAAAACAAGCACACAUCAUUCGCAAUUACAGCUCCUGGAGGUGAUCAUGUUACCAAACGUCUUGAAAAGGUAUGCUUCUCCAAGAUCUUUCCUGAAGAUGAAACAUUGUGCAAUUUGUUUUUCCUAUUGGGUGAUUCUUUUGGAAUUUCAGAAAAGACCUUCACUGAGCCAACCCUGUUCCUAAGUUGGUUACGUGGACUUCUCGGAGAAUCAUUUGAGAUGAGUGAAUCCAUCAUGACAAAGCAAAUUGAAAAGUGUGAUGAAAAUCAAGUACACUGUAUCUUGUUUUUCCUUGCUCAGGGUGAUCGUGGUGAUAAAGAGCUCAUUGAAAAGCUCAAGAAGAUGUAUCAAGAAUCUCUUGGAUAUGGAUAUCAACCAUUGGUGAUUGUUACCAAGAUGGAUGAAGUGAGAGAACAAGAAACCAAAAAACAAGUUAUUGAGCAAGUUUCAACAUUGCUCAAUGUCAAUAUUGAUUCCAUCUUUGCCACUGAAAAUUAUCAUGGUGCCAAUAUGAUGAAUGAUGAGGCAGAGAGAAAUUUCGAAAUUGAUAAGGAAACUCUGGUCAUUCUUUUAAAGUUAUUCGAUAAGGGUGAUUUCUUUAUCAAGUCAAAUAACAUGCUUAUGCAAAAGAAAUAAACAAUCAGUAGAACUUGUACAG